CAAUAGGAAGCCCUGAAGCAGCAGCUGAAGCAAAAUCCUAAGCAGAAAUGGAACCACGGAAUGCAAGAAUAUGGUUUUGCUGUCCUGGGGAUGCUGGUUCUGAGCUUCAAGUGGACUAAUAGCGAUCAUGCUUCAAACUGAGGGCAGAACUUCUCUUUGCAGUGGUUUUCAUUCAAUGUAUGACUGUUCUGGAAUCACAACUAACGUGUUUUUUCUCUUUUUUACAGACUGGACUUUGACAUUCUUUUCACGACAGAGGUUUCCAAGUAGUUGUCUUGCUAUAACUUUGAGAAGAAGUUCUAUGUAGCUCUUACUUUCGAGAGUGCUGCAAAAAUGAUUACUUCAGAUUUGCCAGUACUACAGGAUUCUACAAAUGAAACUACUGCACAUUCAGAUGCUGGCAGUGAGCUUGAAGAAACAGAAGUCAAAGGAAAAAGAAAAAGGGGCCGUCCUGGCAGGCCUCCAUCUGCCACUAAGAAACCUCGGAAGUCUCCAGGAGACAAAGGUCGUUCUGAAUCUGGAGCCAGAGGAGCAAGUCGUGGAAGAGCUAAUGGCCACCCUCAGCAGAAUGGAGAAGGAGACCCCGUCACUUUGUUUGAGGUGGUUAAGCUGGGGAAGAGUGCCAUGCAGUCUGUGGUGGACGACUGGAUUGAAUCAUAUAAACAAGACAGGGACAUAGCACUUCUGGAUUUAAUCAACUUCUUUAUCCAGUGUUCAGGAUGUCGAGGUACUGUAAGAAUUGAAAUGUUCAGGAACAUGCAAAAUGCAGAAAUAAUAAGGAAAAUGACAGAAGAAUUUGAUGAGGACAGUGGUGAUUACCCCCUUACCAUGCCUGGGCCACAGUGGAAGAAGUUUCGAUCCAAUUUUUGUGAGUUCAUUGGAGUGCUCAUUCGACAGUGUCAGUACAGCAUCAUCUAUGAUGAGUACAUGAUGGACACGGUGAUCUCUCUUCUGACUGGUUUGUCAGAUUCCCAGGUCCGGGCUUUCAGGCACACCAGUACAUUAGCUGCUAUGAAGCUUAUGACUGCUCUUGUGAACGUUGCCUUAAACCUGAGCAUUCAUCAGGAUAAUACACAGAGGCAGUACGAAGCUGAGAGAAACAAAAUGAUUGGCAAAAGAGCUAAUGAAAGAUUGGAGCUGCUGCUUCAGAAAAGAAAAGAGCUACAAGAAAACCAAGAUGAAAUCGAAAAUAUGAUGAACUCUAUUUUUAAGGGCAUAUUUGUUCAUAGAUACCGUGAUGCUAUUGCUGAGAUUAGAGCUGUCUGUAUUGAAGAAAUUGGUGUCUGGAUGAAAAUGUACAGUGAUGCCUUCCUGAAUGAUAGUUAUUUAAAAUAUGUUGGUUGGACACUACAUGACAGGCAAGGUGAAGUGAGGUUGAAGUGUUUGAAAGCUCUCCAAAGUCUGUAUACCAACAGAGAGUUAUUUCCAAAACUGGAGCUGUUCACUAAUAGAUUCAAGGACCGCAUUGUAUCAAUGACACUUGAUAAGGAGUACGACGUUGCUGUGGAAGCCAUUCGAUUAGUCACACUAAUACUUCAUGGAAGUGAAGAAGCUCUGUCAAAUGAAGACUGUGAGAAUGUUUAUCACUUAGUGUAUUCGGCACACCGGCCUGUUGCAGUGGCAGCUGGAGAAUUCCUUCAUAAAAAACUGUUCAGCAGACAUGAUCCCCAAGCUGAAGAGGCUCUAGCAAAGAGGAGAGGACGAAAUAGUCCAAAUGGAAACCUCAUUAGAAUGUUGGUUCUUUUCUUUCUUGAAAGUGAGUUGCAUGAACAUGCAGCCUAUUUGGUGGACAGUUUGUGGGAGAGCUCUCAAGAACUGUUGAAAGAUUGGGAAUGCAUGACAGAAUUGCUCUUGGAGGAGCCAGUCCAAGGAGAGGAAGCCAUGUCUGACCGUCAGGAGAGUGCUCUGAUUGAGCUGAUGGUGUGUACAAUCAGACAGGCUGCUGAAGCACACCCUCCCGUUGGCAGAGGCACUGGCAAAAGAGUCUUGACAGCAAAAGAAAGGAAAACACAGAUAGAUGACAGAAAUAAAUUGACUGAGCAUUUCAUUAUUGCACUUCCUAUGUUGCUAUCAAAGUAUUCCGCUGAUGCAGAGAAGGUUGCGAAUCUCCUGCAAAUCCCUCAGUAUUUUGAUCUGGAAAUCUAUAGCACUGGCAGAAUGGAAAAGCAUCUGGAUGCCUUACUGAAACAAAUAAAGUUUGUUGUGGAAAAGCAUGUGGAAUCGGAUGUUCUUGAAGCCUGCAGCAAAACCUACAGCAUACUCUGUAGUGAAGAAUAUACAAUCCAGAACAGAGUUGACAUAGCACACAGCCAACUUAUUGAUGAAUUUGUGGAUCGAUUCAACCAUUCUGUGGAGGAUCUGCUGCAGGAGGGAGAAGAAGCUGAUGAUGACGACAUAUACAACGUGCUCUCCACAUUGAAGAGACUAACCUCUUUUCACAAUGCUCAUGAUCUCACAAAAUGGGAUCUGUUCAGUAACUGCUACAGAUUACUAAGAACUGGAAUUGAACAUGGAGCUAUGCCAGAACAGAUAGUUGUUCAGGCACUGCAGUGUUCGCAUUACUCCAUUCUCUGGCAGCUGGUGAAAAUCACUGAAGGUUCCCCUUCCAAAGAGGACUUGCUGGUAUUGAGGAAAACUGUGAAAUCCUUUCUGGCUGUCUGCCAGCAGUGUCUAUCAAAUGUCAACACCCCAGUUAAAGAACAGGCCUUCAUGCUGCUCUGUGAUCUCUUGAUGAUUUUUAGUCACCAGCUGAUGACUGGAGGGCGUGAAGGUCUUCAGCCAUUGGUGUUUAAUCCAGACUCAGGCCUCCAGUCAGAACUUCUCAGUUUUGUGAUGGACCAUGUCUUCAUUGACCAAGAUGACGAAAACCAGAGCAUGGAGGGAGAUGAAGAAGAUGAAGCUAACAAAAUAGAAGCUUUACAUAAGAGAAGAAACCUUCUGGCUGCCUUUAGCAAGCUGAUAAUUUAUGACAUUGUGGACAUGCAUGCAGCAGCUGAUAUCUUCAAACACUAUAUGAAGUACUACAAUGACUAUGGAGAUAUCAUUAAGGAAACCCUGAGCAAAACAAGGCAAAUUGAUAAAAUCCAGUGUGCAAAGACACUCAUUCUCAGUUUGCAACAGCUGUUCAAUGAACUCGUUCAGGAGCAAGGUCCUAAUCUGGACAGGACAUCUGCCCAUGUUAGUGGCAUUAAGGAACUGGCUCGUCGGUUUGCCCUCACUUUUGGCUUGGAUCAGAUCAAGACAAGAGAGGCAGUGGCCACACUACACAAGGAUGGAAUAGAGUUUGCCUUCAAAUAUCAGAAUCAAAAAGGACAAGACUACCCACCUCCUAACCUUGCUUUCCUUGAAGUUCUUAGUGAAUUUUCUUCUAAACUCCUGCGGCAGGACAAAAAGACUGUUCACACCUACCUAGAAAAAUUUCUGACAGAACAGAUGAUGGAGAGAAGAGAAGACGUGUGGCUGCCACUCAUUUCCUAUAGGAACUCAUUAGUUACGGGCGGCGAAGACGACAGAAUGUCUGUUAACAGUGGGAGCAGCAGCAGCAAAACCUCUUCAGUGAGAAAUAAGAAAGGACGGCCACCACUACACAAAAAGAGAGUAGAAGAUGAGAGUCUGGAAGGCUCUUGGCUGAACAGGACUGAAAACAUCCAUACUCCAGGAGCACUGCAAGCACCACAGCUCACCUCAACUGUCUUGAGAGAGAACACCAGACAAAUAGGGGAGCAGAUCCAGGAGCACGAGUCGGAGCAGGGAUCUGAGCAAGAUUUUUUACACAAUCCCCAGAUGCAGAUAUCUUGGUUGGGCCAACAGAAGCUAGAAGAUUUAAAUCGAAAGGACAGGACAGGAAUGAACUACAUGAAAGGGAGAACUGGUGUAAGGCACGCAGUACGCGGUCUAAUGGAAGAUGAUGCUGAGCCCAUCUUCGAAGAUGUAAUGAUGUCCUCACGAGGUCAGCUAGAGGACAUGAAUGAAGAAUUUGAGGACACAAUGGUCAUUGAUCUGCCACCUUCAAGAAACCGACGAGAACGGGCUGAACUGAGGCCAGACUUCUUUGACUCCGCAGCUAUCAUUGAGGAUGAUUCAGGAUUUGGAAUGCCAAUGUUCUGAAGUCUGCUGAAGACAUUUUACAAAUUUGGAACUCUAUUGUUUAGAGCUAGAGGCCUAUAUACUGUGAUAGCUUGUAUGAAAACCACAUUUUUGAUGUGAUACGGUUUGAUUUUUAACCAAAUGAUUGAGGUCAAUCCCUUUUUGUAGUGACAGAAAGAAGAGGAGCUCCUUAAUGACACAAAGGAAUGUUGGCCAAUCCCGUCACCUCAGAAAGGCUGACCUAGAAAAUCAUUUGUAUCCCUUGUUCUUGACUGUCCUAAUACAGAUUUUUUUUUCCUGGAUGAGGAGGAAGUUUUAAAUUGUUAAGACAGCUGUCAAAAUAAACACUGUUCUACAUAUGUUUUCUGAAAACAUUGAGUGAUAACAGAACUUUUUAACUUUAUUUUUCUGCUGUACAAUUUAAAA